AUGUCAACCCUGACCUCGACCUCCGACUUGGAGGCUCUACCCGCAGAGCUCUUCAAUCGCGUUCUCAGCUAUUUUUUCGACCCCCAUGAGUGCAAGCUCGAAGAUUCCAACACCGAGUUUGGCGGCUACCGCUUCGAGACGUCCCUGCUGCGCGUGAACAAAAUCGUUCAUCGGCUUGCGAGGAGCUACCUGCAUCACGCGCUGUCUUGGGUACGCUUUGAACUCAACUGGGGCGCCUUCGCGAUUGACCCACGCUGGCUGGGUGUAAAAUACCUCAAUAUUGGUCACACCAAGGCCACCAAGUCACUACCGGACACGUCUCUACAUCUGGGCCUUCGAUCGGUACCCCAGCAAGCUCCACCUGGCCGUCUACGCAUCAAGGUAGAUUUCCCACAUGCCGAGCAUCAAGCACAAAAGGAGAUGACAAGUUUGGUUAAGAGCAGUACACACACGUCGAUGUCACUGCUAGUACUCGAAAAAGACCUGGCUUGUUUCAUGCAAGUACUACGCAUGAACGAUCUCGCCUAUUGUAUCCACGGCAUCAAAUCUGAGGUCAUCGUCACCUCCGGUCAACAGCCAAAGCGAUAUCAACAUCUGAUCCUGGAAUUCCAAGUCAUGCGGGACUUACUUCACAAGACCAAAGUCGUUGGACACGCAGACAACAAUCUUGCCGAGAAGUCCGAGGACUAUAUACAGCAACAGCACAUCUACAAAGAGCGAAUAGAGCUCAGUCUGUCAAAGACGGGCAUGAGCCAAAAACUAUCUAUAGAAGUGAUGGGAGAGGUGAUCGCGUCUCUCAUGUGGCUCAAGCAUCGUGGCGACGAAUACCUCACACAGGGCUUCUACUCAAAUGCUUACAUGUGCUACUCGAGCGCAUGUAUCCUCAAGAAAAAUUGGCUGAAGAUAGCUCCACCACCCCUUGAUGUCCGUUUCUGGACGUUCGACAGCUGCAUCUUCGUUACCUUCGUAGUGGCUUUACAAUACAAUAUGGCAAUCGCUGAGAUGGCAGGGGGCUUGGAUCUAGGUUCCACACGUUUUUCUCGAAUGUCAAUAUAUACUUGCUACGGUAUGCUCGGUAUUCUCAGCGGUGGCGGUACGUUCCUUGUUGAUGAGCGCUACGCGGAGCUGAGCAUAGCAGCGCACAUUUACGAGAUUCUGACUGAGCUGCCUGACAACGUCUACCAUCUAACUUCUAUCGAAGAAAUUUGGGAGGCAUACUAUGACAUCGACGAUCAUAGCGACCUAUCGUCUGGGUUGGGCCUUUUGUACCAGACCGUCAAGCGACUCAACAACGUAGGCCAUACGCCCACCUCUCAUCCAGAGAGUCUUGCCGAACUGAAGGCUGCUGCAGCACGUGGCUUCGCAGGCGUUUCCCCGUUGAAGUGGGCGAUCACGGAGAACAAGGUCCCAAAGCCACUGCAAGAACUUGUCAAGUUCUUACCGCGAGCUCAGCUCUUGCCUGGCGGUAUCGUAGAGAACCCUAGUAGCUACAGUUUUGAGACCCCGAUAUUUUGUCAGCCGACUGACGAACAACGUCUCAACGGAGAGGAGCACCCCAGGUAUAUAAUGUAA